AUGCAAGAUCCAAGAGAACAGCCCCAAGGUCAAGUUUGGGAAUGGUUGAAGGCAAUAGAGGCAAUCAAGCUACAACAAUUGUGGGUGAAAGGUCUUGAUCCUGGACGUAUGACAUGUGUCAAAGGUCUAACGGUUGCCGGUGUUCGAGUUGUGAGCAUUACUGAUCACACUCCUCUUAAAGAACUCGGUCCAAGGCCACGAAAAAUUAGGAAAGUUUAG